AUGAGUACAUCAAGCGAGCCCUACCCAGCAUCGGGUCUCCCUCACGCGGCGCCUGCGGAUCAGGCAGUACCUCGCCACCCCUUGGUCAUCCUCACACCUGCCCCUACAUGCAAUCCGUCUCCACUGGCCAGCAAGCUGCUCAAGGAGCAAUGUCAGCGUCUGAGUCAGAGUCGCGAUGUCUACUCAGUCACGCUCUCCUGCAGUCCGCUUGAGAACAAGAAUCACUUCUUCUCGCUCUCCCCAUAUUGGUGGUUGACUGAGGACGGAAAGUGCGCUGCCGACCUACCGCAGUGUCAGAAGCAGCUCGAGACGAUGGCAAUGACAGUCCACACCCUGGCUCUUGGCUACAAGCAUCUUCUGAGUAGCGAUGGAGACCUUCAAGGGGACUGUCUGAAGCGGAUCAAUGAGCUGCUGAGGGUGUUCUUCGUUGACGAUGCUACACGUAUGCUACCCGAGGUGGAGUACUCGCAGUGCAUGCCUGACAAGAAGCCGCUGGAGGGAAAUGCGGGCUUCAUCAUCGCCGUGAGAGCUACCCUACUCGUUCCCUACCCAGGCGUACUCUCAUGGUUCGACGCACAUAUCACAUGGUUGCGCGCAGGUGCUCAAGGACGAGAAGCAAGUGAGCUGCACCGAAAGAUGAGCAGAUGGUAUCACGCUGCACUUGCUACAUAUCUCCUGAUCAGCAAUCCUUCCGAGUCAGUGGGGCAUGCUCGGAAGAUCAUGAAGGAGAUCAUCAGCACUCAUCCUGACCCCGCAAAUACCCUCUUCCCGCCCCAUCGACUGGGUACCCGACCGAGGCACAACACCCUCUUCACCCUCGAGCCGCUUUGCGUCCUGGCUUCCCCUACCGUCCCAAACCUGACUGAUGCUUGCCCCGCCUGCCCCGAGGAGGAGAUCAUCUCGUGGCUAGAAGAGAUCGUGGCAUUUGCAGAUCAAAUCCAAGCAGGGCCCAUGGAUGUGGUGGAGAGCUCGGAUGAGCGAAGGCAAGUCAAGAUUGGCUUCUUCAAGCGAAUUCUGACUCGCUGGCGAGGAGGAGAGCUUGAGGAGGCGGAAGUGGACGGCUCUCUUUGGCCUGGCGGAUGGUGGGAGUGGUCGCGAGUAGCAUGGGCGAUGAUGUGA